GGCAGCAGCAGCAGUAAAGUUGACCAGGCUGACGUGUUGUCCUCUCAAGCUUUUCUUUUACUGCCCUGAUCAGCUGUCAGACUUUACUGAACCACCAGCACCAACGGCUCUGACAGGAUGGAUCUGGGAAUGUGGAGGUCUACCUUCAAGAAAGCAGCCAAAGAUCUCCAGCGUGGAGACACCUGGAAUCUGGAGUUUGAUUCCAAUAUUGACCCCAGAUGUCUUCAGCCCGGAUGGAAGGAGUACAUUAGGCGGACCAGUGCAUGGUUUAAGUGCAGCCUGUGUCGAAGGGACUGGUCCUCCGACCGAGUGAUGGUGGUCUUCCACAUGCGCCUGGAGGGCAGCACGGGCACCGUCAAAGUGAGGCGCUUGCGUCAGAGCUGCAAUAGGUGCAGCGAUGCCCGGAUGGAGGAUCCCACCGUAGAGAUGGAAAACCUCCGCAACCUCAUGGAAAGCCUGGUGAUGAAGAUUGGAAUGAACUGCUACAAUGAAACAAACCCGAAGGGCGGCGAAUACGUUCAGAAGAAGCCCGAUAACACUCGUCCCCACGAGCCUGCCCACUGCGAGGGAUGCAAGCUAGGCUUCUGUACAAACGAGUGAACCUUGCUUCAUGAUCCCAAAGUUUUUUGCCGUUGCUUUUGGCAUCGCUUGUAACUCCGUUUUCUUAAUAAAUGGACCUAAAAAUAA